AGUUUCGGGCGCCUCAUGAGCCCCUGGCCGUGGACACCCAACAUGGUGGCGCACAGCGAGCUCGACCAACUCCCGCGACAAAAACUCUUAGACCAACAGGGAUAUUCAUCAUGUAGCAAGGAAAGUGCAGCGGCCGGCGACAUCCAAGAGCCAGAGGAAAAGAUCUGCCACCAGAAUGGCUCCAUUGCAUCCCUAUCCACCAAGCUCCCCACUUCUGCCUCUGGGGAGAGCCUGCCGCCAGCCAAGAAGAUCUUCCACAAGAAGGAGGAAGACUGCUCCCUCUUUGUGGCGUUCUUCACCUUCCUCUCGUACGGCGUGCUGCUCCUCGUGGGAUAUGUGAAGGAGUUCUUUAACCCUCCCUCCACCAAAGAGAAGAACAGAGAGGACAUCGAGGAGUGUCCAACCAUCACGAACUUCACCAUCUAUCUGUCCUAUGGAGUGCUGUUCCUGGUGGGCUACGUCAAGGAAUUCUUCUAUCCGCCGUCAACCAAAGAAACAAACCGAGAGGGCUAUGUACCCCUUUACAUUGGGUUCGAGAGCUUCUACACUCGCAAUGUGUAUCGUAGAAUUCAAGACUGCUGGAACCGUACCAUCUGCAGCGUUCCUGGAGCCAUUAUAGAUCUUAUGGAGCGGACUACGCCUGAUUAUGGCUGGACGAUGAAAUUGACAGGCAAAAUCAUUAAGUGUAUAAAUGUGGGCUCAUAUAACUACUUAGGAUUUGCAGAAAAUGUAGGCCCUUGCCAUGAUGCCGCAGAAGAAACAACAAAAACCUUGGGUGUCACCACAUGCAGUCCUCGUCUUGAACUUGGAAGCAUGGAAAUCCACCAGAAGCUUGAAUCGCUGGUCACUGAAUUUUUAGGCGUCGAAGAUGCCAUCACCUUUGGGAUGGGCUUUGCCACCAAUGUGCUCAACCUGCCUUCCCUCCUUGGCCCAGGCUGCCUGGUCUUUUCCGAUGAAUUCAAUCACGCGUCGCUCAUCCUGGGACUUCGACUCUCAGGGGCAACUGUGAAAGUUUUCCGCCACAACGACGCGCAAGACCUGGAGAAGAAGCUGCGUGAGGCAAUAAUCUAUGGGCACCCUAGGACCCGGCGCCCUUGGAAGAAAGCAAUGAUUGUGGUGGAGGGCAUUUACUCCAUGGAAGGUUCUAUCUGUGAUCUCCCUAAUUUUAUCAGAAUAAAAAAGAAGUACAAGACUUACCUCUAUGUCGAUGAAGCUCACAGCAUCGGUGCCUUAGGUCCUCACGGUGGUGGUGUCGUAGAUUAUUUCGGUGCCGACCCCAAGGAUGUUGAUAUUCACAUGGGAACGUUCACGAAGAGCUUUGGUGCUGCUGGAGGAUACAUUGCUGGAUCAAAGGAUUUGAUCAAUCACUUGAGAGUCACUAGUCAUGCGCAGAUCUAUGCAGCCUCCAUGUCUCCUCCAGUUGCAGAGCAGAUUAUCACAUCCAUGGCUACCAUCAUGGGCAAACAAGGAAAUGGCGAAGGUCGCAGGCGCAUCCAACAACUGUCUCGCAAUGUCAAGUAUUUCCGCCAUCGGCUGAGACAGAUGGGUUUCAUUGUUUAUGGCCAUGAUGAUUCACCCGUCGUACCAAUGCUAUUGUACCUGAUCCCCAAAAUUGCGAUGUUUGUCCGAGAGCUGACCAACCGUGGAGUGGCUGGCGUGGGGGUUGGCUUCCCUGCCACCAAGAUCACUGGAGGCAGAAUGAGGUUCUGCUUGUCAGCUGCACACACAAAGGAAAUGCUUGAUAAGAUCUUAGAGGAAGUGGAAGAGGUUGGAAGACUGUGUGGGUGUCGGUACUCGACUGCUGCCAAGAAUCCGGUGCCCAUUGAGUGGUGAAGCAUUUUCGCAGAGGGAAAAACAGCAACUGGAAGACACCAGCACAAAAUGCACACUUGGUUACAAGGCUGAUACAAUUUAUUAUGCAAUUGUGUCUUCAAAGUACUUCUUAAUUUUCUUGAUUCUCUUGUGGCAUGUCAUAUUGGGUUUGAGAAGAUUAUUUGUCAUGUUUUCACUUUUUUCUUCUACUUUUUCAUUUUCAUGUGCCUUUUUCUUGUUUGUUUUUUUGUUUUUGUAAACUAAGCAUAUCCAAAGACUGAUUGAAAGGUGAAAAAGUUCCCUUAAAGCCAAAAGAUUUUAACCAAAAAACAGCAGAGAUUUUUAAAAAAGGAACACAAUGUAGAUAAAGUUCACAGACAUUAAAAAGGAUUUUAAUAUCUGUAUUAUUUUUUUACGAGCAUUAACAAUUAACACUCAGAACUAUUUCAUAGUUUCAUAUCUAUUUGUUAUUGGUGAAGACAAAAUAAAAGACAAAAUGUGUUAGCAAAAAUUUCCAAUAUGGCUGAACAUAUUAAUCAGUUAUAUGUAGGCUUUGUUUGUACUGUACAAAUGUUUUCUUUUAUCAUAAUUUGUUGAAUAUAUGUACGUAAAUAUGCAAAUAUAUGUGUGCAUAUAGAA